AUGUCUGGGCUAUCUGCAGGAGCGUCACCGGAUUCCGAGUGGUAUGUUAGCACUCUUCUCAAGAAAUACACCGCGAUCAGCCAGGACCGAUCACUCCUUUACAAUCCCCCAGCCCACAAAACUCCAUCGAAGCCCUUGUCGCACUUCACCUUCAUCGCCCCGUCGUCCAUCUUCGAUGCCAUCAAGACUGACCCGAGCGCGCGAAAUCCGUGGGAACUUCCCAAGUUGCCCGACAGGCAGACCAAGGUCGAGCUGCAGGACCCCACCAACAGCUUGUCGUCUGUCGCCAAGCUGACGCGGCCGUUGACAACGAUGGAGUCCUUGCUUGUCGAGCUGGAGGACCGACGGUUCUCCACCGAGGAUCAGAUCCUGAUUCUUGGGCGAAUCAGAGGGGCAUGCAGCGGUGCGUCACCUGUUGCGCCGGAUGCGGACGAUGUGGUCUUCAGUCAGGCAACGGUCCAAGGCAAGGCGAACGCCUCGUCUACGUUCACGUUCACCUACAUACCGACGGCGACGGGGUCCGUCCGGGCCGACAAGAUCGAGUGGGCCAAUGUGGCGAAGACCUACGUGGCGAAGCCGGUCCAGACGGAGGAGAUUUCGACGCAGGCGGCUUGA